CACAUUGCUCUUCCCUUCGGUGGGAAAAUUCCUGCUGGAACAUCCACGGUGGAUUUGAACUCGGGAAUUGUAUUGGAAAAGCAGGGAUCUGCAAUACACGCUGGAGGAUUUUCUUCCAUGUUCUUUCUUAUAUUGUUCAGAAAACCAUCAUGUUGAUGUGGAUCAUGGCUUCCUGAUCAGAUCUUCCUGACCACUAUCUUCUCUUUCCCUGGACUCAUCAUUGGCUCAGUGAUGAACCACACACCCAGUCCCCACAUGACAGAGGCCGCCAAGUCUGGGGCGGGCUUGUUGUGCGGCCUGGGCCUGGGCCCGGAUCGGGUGCGCUCCCCGGACAGCCUGACCCACACGCCCAGCCCGUCAGGGGGAACGCCGAGUUCCAGCCCUCCUCUGCUGCUGUCUCCAGGGCUGGGCUGUGAUGGCGGUGGGGACUGGGAGAGCCGCGAGGAGCUGCGUCUGCGUGAGCUGGAAGAGGCUCGGGCGCGGGCGGCUCAGAUGGAGAAGACGAUGCGCUGGUGGUCGGACUGCACGGCCAACUGGAGGGAGAAGUGGAGUAAAGUGCGGGCCGAACGCAACAGGGCACGGGAUGAGGUCAGGCAGCUGAGACAACGUCUGGAUGCCCUUACCAAAGAACUGACAGGGGCACGGCGAGAGCGUCAAGAGCUGGCGGCCGAAAACGAACAACUGCGCCUAGAGGCCCAAAGAGUCCGAGCUGAACAGAACUCCCCAGCGAAUGCUUCCACUGCACCAGCAUCCAACUCCUCAACUGCCUCCACACACUCCAACCAGCCACGGGAACCAGACAUCAAGCAGGACAACCAGGAUGAGGAGAACGUGAGAGAUGGCCCAGGCUCUAUAGAGCAGGAACCUGUGAGAGAUGUAGACACUGACAAACCAGACAAGCAGAAGGAGUUGGAGUUAUUGGAGGCUCUUCUCAGGGCAAAGUCAGAGGCUCCAGACUCUUGGGACAUUCGCAGUGCCAGUAGCUUGCGCUCAGUUCUCAGUCGGCAGGACCGGAGCAGACUGCUGUGGGAGGAUCUGGCUGCCCUGGAGGAGGACUCUAGCAAGCUCAACGCUCUCCAGCUGCGCCUGGAUGAGUCCCAGAAAGUCCUGCUGAAAGAACGAGAGGAUAAGCAUGCACUCAUUAAGAACAUCGAGAAGCUGGAGGUGGAGCUGAGCCAAUGGAAGCUCAAAUAUGAGGAACUGAACAAGAGCAAACAAGAGGCCCUAAAACAGGUGAGGAAGCUUAUUCUGUAG